AGGGGGCAAACAACACAAUACAUUUCUGCAAACAUUGCUGAAUUAUAACCAUUUCUCUCUUUCUCACACAAAAAAAUAAGGCAACAACAUCUAGGGCUCUUCUCGCCACGGGAGAAAAAAAACUUUCAUUGGAUUUUCCUGCAUUGUUCACCAAGGAACCCAUUUUUCAGUCUCCUGGUUGCAUUUUUCUGCUCUCCUGCAGGGCGUCUCGCCCUUGAAUCUACCAUUUUAGCUGCUCUGUUCCUCUCCUGGCUCCAUCCCCUCACACAAGCGCUGGUUUACUACAUUUUGCUGACUGGAAUAUACUGGCUUUUUGUGUCUUUCCCUGUAUUUUUUUGUUCUAACGCUGUGGUUUGGACGGAUUUGCGCGGCUGACGAGCUGUGUGUUGUUGUGAUAAAAAGGAUCUAACAUGGCGACGGUGCCCGUGUAUUGCAUCUGUCGGCUGCCCUACGACGUAACCCGCUUUAUGAUUGAAUGCGACGCCUGCAAGGACUGGUUUCACGGCAGCUGCGUUGGUGUAGAAGAGGACGAGGCUCCAGAUAUUGAUAUUUAUCACUGUCCGAACUGUGAGAAAACACACGGGAAAUCUACAUUAAAAAAGAAAAGAAAUUGGCACAAACACGAUACAGGACAGGCUACAGAUGUCAAACCGGUGCAAAACGGCAGUCAGGUGUUUAUCAAAGAACUGCGGAGUCGGACCUUCCCAAGUGCUGAAGAUAUUGUAACAAAACUGAGCGGAAACCAACUUACAGUAGAAUAUUUUGAAGAAAGUGGUUUUACAGAACCUAUUCUCGUGCCAAAGAAGGAUGGUUUGGGCAUAUCUGUACCUGCACCUACCUUUUAUGUCAGUGAUGUUGAAAAUUAUGUGGGUCCAGAAAGAGUGGUUGAUGUCACAGAUGUCACAAAACAGAAAGACUGCAAGAUGAAGCUUAAAGAGUUUGUAGAUUACUAUUAUAGCACUAAUAGAAAAAGGGUCCUCAAUGUCAUCAACCUGGAGUUUUCAGACACAAGAAUGUCCAGUUUUGUGGAAGCGCCAGACAUUGUCAAGAAGGUUUCAUGGGCGGAAAACCAUUGGCCUGAUGAUGCUCUGCUGGCAAAACCGAAAGUUACAAAGUAUUGUUUGAUUUGUGUGAAAGACAGCUACACAGACUUCCACAUAGAUUCUGGGGGAGCAUCCGCCUGGUACCAUGUACUUAAAGGUGAAAAAAUAUUCUACCUUAUAAGACCUACUUCAGCAAAUAUUUCUCUGUAUGAACGAUGGCAGUCAGCCGCAAACAACUGUGAAAUGUUUUUUGCUGAUCAAGUGGAUAAGUGCUACAAAUGCACAGUUAAACAAGGACAGACGCUCUUUAUUCCAUCAGGCUGGAUUUAUGCAACACUGACUCCCGUAGACUGUUUAGCAUUUUCUGGGCAUUUUUUGCACAGCCUAAGCGUUGAAAUGCAAAUGAGAGCCUACGAAGUAGAACGAAGACUGAAAAUUGUCAGCUUGACGCAAUUCCCAAAUUAUGAGACUGCAUGUUGGUAUGUGGGAAGGCAUCUACUAGAGAAGUUCAAAGCAUUGCAUAAAUCCGGGAAGCAGCCAGUAUCCCACCUUGUUCAAGGGGCCAAAAUUCUGAAUGGAGCGUUUCGAUCAUGGACUAAAAAACAUGCUUUGCUGGAGCAUGAAGACGAACUCCCUGAACAUUUUAAGCCAUCGCAACUCAUUAAGGACCUCGCCAAAGAAAUACGUCUGACAGAGAAUGCAUCAAAAGUCAACAAAACAGAUGUGAGUGCCAAUGUAACUGUAGAAGAAAAUAAUGUAGUGGAGAAAAUAGAAAAGGAAGAACCUGCUGCUCUGGUCCCAGAAAUCCUUCCGCCUGUGGAAAAAGUUACAAAAAAAAAGAUUUCUAAAAGUGAAAAAUUGCCCAAACCGCCUAAACCUCCGAAACCCCCCAAGCCUCCCAAAAGUCCAACUAUGUUAGAUAUUCCCAAGAUCGCCAAAGUUCCCAGCCCAGAAAAAAUACCCAAGGUCGCCAAACCUCCCAAACUUCCGAAGGUCCCAAAACCUCCAAAAACACCUAAGAUUAAGGAAGGAGGUAAGAAGAAAAACAAGAAAAUGAAAGAAGUUCCAAUUUCACUACCAACCACUCCAGAUUUGGACCUUCUUGAGGCACACACAAAGGACGCUUUGGUUAAAGUAGAGACACCAAAGAAGGUGACGGCACCAAAAGAAGAGAUAAUUGCUCCUAGCAAGGAAGAGACACCUAAACAAAAUGAUGUGGAAAGGUUUGAGGUACGAGAGAUGAAUAAGAGCAAAACGGAAGCUAAAUGGAAAUAUAAGAUCACCAUGGGGAACCCUGAAUUUACUCCAGGAAUCUAUACAAAGAACAGCAAACCAGAUUCUUUAUUAAAAAUGGAAGAGGAGCACAAAGUGCAAAAAACUCCUUUGUCAGGAAUCAAGGACAAUAAAUUCAUGUUUUCUUUCACCAACAAAAAACUUUUUGGGUCCAAGGUAGUAAAGCCCUCGAAUAGUCCAAGUAUUUUUGGAUCACUACAGAAUCUGAAAGAAGACAAAAACAAACCAAUUAGAGAUGAAUAUGAAUACGUCUCGGAUGAUGGGGAGCUUAAAAUUGAUGAGUUUCCAAUUAGAAGAAAGAAAACAACCACAAAACGAGACUUGUCAUUUUUGACUGACAAUAAGGAAACACCUCCUCUUCUUCCUAUAAAGAAGCCUAAAAUUCAGGAAACAAACUACAAGAGUGACGCUUCGUCCGAUGAAGGCUCGCUACACAUUGACACAGAAGCAAAACCACCUCGAAAUUCCAAAGUCAAAAAGGAUAGCGGGAGCUCAGCUGGGAUUUUAGAUUUAUUACAAGCAAGUAAAGAAGUUGGAGGAUUAGACUAUAACGCUAACAGUCAACCACCUGCAUCUCCGAGCACACAAGAAGCAAUCCAGGGAAUGCUAUCCAUGGCGAAUCUGCCCUCGGAUUCCUGCAUACAGCCCUCUUGGAAUGCAAACCAAGCUAAAAAUAAUUCCUUAUCUGCUCAAAACUCAAAGAAGUCUGGUAGCAACAAGUGUGCAAGUAAACGCAACAUCAAGAAAAACAUUAAGAACAACAUUAAUAUUCACGACUACGAUGAGGAUCAAGAUAACUUGGGAGCCUGUUUUAAAGAUUCGGAUUAUGUUUAUCCAUCUCUUGAAUCAGAUGAAGAUAACCCAGUUUUCAAAUCUCGUUCAAAGAAGCGAAAAUGUUCUGACGAUGCCCCUUAUAGUCCUACAGCGAGAGUCGGUCCUUCAAUACCCAGACAAGACAGACCAGUCCGAGAAGGUACAAGAGUUGCCUCGAUUGAAACUGGACUAGCGGCAGCAGCUGCCAAAUUAUCACAACAGGAGGAACACAAAGUCAAGAAGAAAAAGAAUACAAAAAAGAAGCUGUCAUCCAACAGUACAAAUAAGCUUUCUCAGGAAAGCAGUUCUCCUGAAGCGACAAAGAUAGACUCGCUGAGCAGUAGCCUCACAGAUCAUGAGUACACGGCUGGUGCAAGCACGUUUGGGGUAGCCCAAGUUAACAGAGGUUCUCAGCCCAUGGCACCAGGAGUGUUCCUCACACAAAGGAGACCGUCUGUCUCUUCUCAGAAUAACUCAGCUGCCAAAGACAAUAAGGACUCUAUUCCAGCCAACCAGAGAAUGUUAGAAGAAAACGGAAAACAUUCCCUUAAAUGUAAACGUACAAAGAAAGGUAUGGCCACAGCGAAACAGAGACUUGGGAAGAUUUUGAAAAUCCAUCGGAAUGGAAAACUUCUCCUUUAGUGUUUAUAAUUCCAGAACUUUUUCCCCUUCCCCGGCUCAGUAUUUCCUGAGCUGACACUAAUUUGCAAACUCGAAGGACUGCAGUUGCACUCUGCAAAUGUGUUUAGGAGAAACUUUAUGUUACAGUAGCUUUUUGCCACCACUUUAGCAAUCCUUUUUAACUUCCAGCAGUUCACAUGUACAGAAUACUGCUUUACAUAUUUUUUAAUAUUUCUCAAAUUGCUGAGAGUGACAAGUUUGCAGGAAAAAAGAAGAAAAUUUGAAAAAACUAGGAGCAUUCCAAUUUUAGGAAAGUAUCCUUUUAACUUGGUCAGUGAAAGAGAAAGAAAAUGCAUUUUUUUUAUUUUUAUUGCAUUAAGAUAUAUACUGUACUACACAAUUUGUAAAACACACUGUAUCUGAACAAGACGCAUGAUAUUUUUCAAUGUUUUGGGCCUUAGGAAACCAUGUUGUGUAAUAUGUGACAUCAGUACUUUGUGAUCUAAUUAAUCUUAUACAACCAAUCACUGCCAAAAUGAAUUUAAGGAACACUAUUAUAUAGGGAAUAGGUGGUCUGUAUUAAUAGAAGAUAUAUAUGUGUAUGUGUGUGCAUGUGUGUAUAUAUAUAUAUAUAUAUAUAUUUAUAUAUUUAUACACACAUACAUAUGUGUGUAUGGACUUUUUUUUUUAACCCUCAGAAUUCAUUUUUGUGCUUUACUUUUAAUAACCGUGCAGAGAAGAGUUUAUAUGAAAUCAAGGCUGUAUUUUAUUUUAGGAACAUAUAAAUCAAGCACAGAGAAAAUGUUAUUUUAAUACAGACACUGAACUUAGUAUUUAUUUUAACAUUAAAACCAUUAACUGCAUUUAUGUGUAUCCUCUAUUGAUACCGCUCAGCUUUAUCAGACAUUGUCCCGUAAAGAGGUCCACGUUAAGAGGCCAUAAUUUGCGUCCCUGGAUGAAAGACUUAGAGGUUUUUAAAUCAAACCAUAAAUCUGUUCAGGUCAUUGUAGAGUUAUAUAAUAUGUUAUUUGUUUGGUAUUUUUUAUAUGUUAUCUAUUGCGUACAAUUUAUUUUGAAUGAUUAUUUAUGAACACUCUUAUGAGUUUCAACACCAUAAAAUUCAGGGCAUUUAGGGCAAAAUAGCACAGCUAUAGAUACACACGUGAAAGUCAUCACCAUACUAAAACAACAAUUAUUACAUAUCAAUACAAAAACUUAUUUAAUGUUAAAUCAUGUUGAAAGCAAUAUUUUCCAUGCAGUCCAUCAAUUUUGUUUAUUCCUGUUUGAUGUUAUUUUACAACCACAUCUUUAAAAACAUUUAUGAACUUUACAUGUAAUUAUACAAAUGAAAUCAGAGAAGUGAACGAAAAAGCAAACAUAUCUUUAAUGCAAUACUUAAUCAGAAAUUGUCUUUGUUAAAUUGGAGUUUAGGUUGAGUAUUUGUGAGUUAGCCUAUUCUGCACCUAACCUUAUUUUUAAGCCUUGGUCACCAUAUGGUGCUUAUGGGCUACUAAGCUGUACAAAGGACAAGCCAGCUAGUUGAUUAUGUGGAUUAGACUGUGUAGAUACCCAUUUUUGUUUAGGCUUCCUUCAGGUGAAGAGUGUAAUGCCUCAUAGCACACUUUAAUCUUUGUUAUACUGUUCACCUUCAGUCAUAACACUGGUGUGCCCAUAUCAUGGUUGUUACUAGAUGUAGGUUGCAUACACAGCUAACCAGCUGACCCACAUAGGUAACGAGAGGUCAACUUGAAGAAGCCUCCUCCAAUGCCAUGGUAGCUUUUCAAAACUCAUAGAAAUACAUAAUCCGAUUAUUGCCCUUUACUUCUGAACUUUCAAGUACGUCUUUUAGCACAAAACAUGUUGGUAAUCCUUGUCCUUAUAUACCUUCCCAAUCAUAAAAAGCAAUAUUUAAUUUGAGAUGUUUGACUAGUUAGGGGAUGUAUUACGGCAGAGGUAUCCAACUUCAGUUCUUAAGACUUGACCAUAGCUAAAUGUCAGCAUCUUCAUAACCGUGUCAGUCAGGUUCCCUCAAUUUGAUUGUUUCUGAAGCUGCGGAAUCUUCAUCUCUAAAAGUUUUGUGUGGUACCAACUUGCGUUAUGGUUUUUAAAAAAUCAGUCUAGAGGUUGUUAGUAUUUUUAAUUGUUGAUCUCAUGCAGAUAAAAUCCCCAGAAGAGCGUCAUAGUUUCACUUACAAAUAAUAAAUAUUUCAUAAGAACAUGACCUUUUUGUGCAGCGUUUCAACAGCAUGGACAAGAUGCAGAUAUUUAUUUAUCUGGCUAUACUUAGAAAUGUCUCAAAUCUGUGCUAUAAUAUAUUUAUUUCAGCAACAUUUUUGUUACAAUCUAAACAUUUUCACCAGCAUCAAUUUCCCUUUCAAUAAGAACAGUUACUCAACAAAAAAAAGGUAGUGAAAAUCUGUUUUCAGGACCAAUAUUGCAAUAAAGAAUUUUAUAUUUGGUCAUACAAAAAAUAUGUUUAAUCGUUAAUUUUGUUUUGUUUUUAGUUUGUAAUCUGUAAACAAUAACACAACUUUUUAAAUGCUUUAUGUGCCCGCAACUGCACUAAUGUAGUAGUUCAUACCAAAUGAGAUUCAUGCUAUAAUAUAUAUCCUGUAAGACCUAGAUUUAUGGAUAUGUGUAUUCUGUUAAACAGAAUAGUAAAAAUGCUAUAUUAAUGGGUGGAUAUUUAUGAAAGUGACUACACAAAUAAAUAUAUUAUAAAUCAA